AUGACCUAUGUCCGCCGCAGGCCUGGGCUGAUGGUAGAUCAGAGGAGGCCCGCGGCAACUCGUGACAUUCUUUGGCUCACGGUCAACGACAUCACUUUGGUCAACGUUUACCGCCAACCGUCAUACGACGAGGCCCUCGACAUACUACUCCAAUGGCCCGCGCCAAACAGAUGUCUGGUAGCAGGCGAUUUCAACGCCAAACACCACAGCUGGCAAGCCGGCCGCAUCGAGGGCCGCGGCGAGGCUGUAACUGCAUGGGCGACAGCCAACGGUCUGAACCUGCUCAACCCGGCUGACGUCCCGACAAAUCCUCAUGGCAAUACGAUCGACCUUGCCUUCUCUAAUAUCGCCUUGGCCAAUGCCGUGGUGGAAGACCAUCUUGCCACCAGCUCCGACCACUUCACGCUCAGCACUACCCUGCCUGAGCUCGCUGUAGCGCCCCCACCCACUGGGAAGUUUGCCGCCAAAGCUGCAGGCCGGCCGGUCCGCAAGGGCGCACGCAGCGCGCCCUGGUGGACGGAGGAAUGCUCCUUGGCCGCGGUGGAGUAUCGCGCAAGAGUCGUGCGGCGAGUCAAGCGCCGUUACUGGCGCGAUCUGAUUGACAGCUUCACGGACAGUGCGUCCGUCUUCAAGGCGGUCGUGGAUGAUACCGUCUAUGAGACCCAACUAGACAAAGCCAACGCCCUGCGACGAGCAACGCUCGAACGUCGCACUUCGCAGGAUGACAUCACGGAUCCGUGGGUCCCAGUGGACACAGCGAGGACGAUUCCUUUCGCUCAGAACGUUUCCCUGGAGGAGGUCCGGGACGCGACCCUUCGCACGGAGGCCCGCGCCUGGCGUCCAAUCUCUCUCUCCUGUCUGGGAAAGGCCUCGAACGGCUUAUUGCGCGCCGUUUGGCUGCGGACUGCCGCAAGGAUCGCCAGCUUCUCCCAUACUUUUCCUACUAUACACAGAGCCAAUCUACCGCCUGAGCAACCCCAAGGGCGCUUCGGCUAUGCAGACGACACUGCCGUCCUUUGCGUCGGAGACUCCCUGGAGGAGACUGCCCACAGAGCGUCGAAACAUGUUCACGAACUCAUGACAUGGGGCACCGCGAACGCGAUAACCUUCGACCCCAAGAAGACUGAAGUCAUGCACUUCUCCCGAACUACACCGAGGAAUGCACCUCCAGUCUUCCAUGGCGAGGUAGAAAAGCGGCCAGGCUCAGCCAUGCGGUGGCUCGGCAUCUGGCUUGACAGCACCCUGACGUUCAAGACGCACGUCGAAGUGGACUGCCAAAGCGCAAGCAGUGGCCUACCAUCUCAAGGGUUUGACAAAUACCAACCGCGCCCCCUACCAGGUGCGGUCCGGAGAGCCGUCCGCGCCUGCAUCGAGCCGCAAUUGUUCUUUGGGGCAGAGGCGUGGUACCCGGGCAUGACCUGCCCGCGAUGGAAUAAGCCGGCAAAGGAAGGGCCAUCAAGAAUACGGCACCUCAUCCGGCGGAUGGACAAGUCGCUCAACACGGCCAUGCGAGCCAUCCUCCCGGUCUGGAAGACGACGCCGCUCAGCGCCAGGCACCGGGAGGCGGGCAUACCGCCAGUUUCGCACCUGCUCCAGGCGUGUCGAACGCGCUUCGCAGCCCGUCUCAAGUCCCUCGACGAAGCGCACCCGCUUGCGGUGCGCCAGGCCAGACCUUCUCGCACAAUCGGCGGCAAACUUCGGCAGUGGCUCCAAUCAGUUGCUCCACGGACAGCAAUCGUCUACUCGGACGGAUCCCUCUCCCCGGAGGAGCCGCGGGGUACGGCUAUGCGGUACAUCAGGAUGGACUCACCGUCCUCAGCGGGUCUGCGUGCUGCGUUGAGCCUCCCGGCUGCAGACCAGAUUGUCGUAUGCCUCGAUAACCUCGCGGUCGCGACGUGUCUUCAAGGCAUGCCGUCAGAUUCCUCCCAGAAGGAGUUCCUGGAAUUCCAGGCCUUGGCCGCAGAACAUGGUGCCACUGAGAUCCGCUGGAUCCCCGGCCACACCAACAUCCCAGGUAACGAGCAGGCAGACGCCUUAGCAAAGGCAGGAACCUCUCAACCCGAGCCUGCAGACGCUCUCCCGACGCUGGCAUAUCUGCGCAAGGUCGCUAGGCAGCGACCAAAGACGCAUUCAAAGCCUGGUGGGAAGUUUCUGCACCCCAACAGUACAGGGUCCUCGACCUCGAUGCCACGACUGGCUGCCCGCCAGAACUUACCAUUCCACGACCUCUGCUCCACCAUCUGCUCGCAGCAGAACCCACCACGGGGACUUCGCUGA